AUGCAUUUCCUCCUCCUCCCCGCCAUCCUCCUCAUCCCCACCGCUCUCGCCCAGCCAGCGAUCCCCUACCCCCUCCCCUGGCAAGAGGUCCAAGCCCCUCCCCCCCAACAACAACCUGCCGAGCCCCCCUCCACAUACGAAGUCCUCCUCCCCAUCGUCCACGAGAGGCUCCAGAAGCCAAAAGGAUGGGCCACCAACGACCCCGCCGCCGAGGGCGAAAUCGACGUGAGCGACGAGGACCUCGAGUUCCUGACCCCGAAAUCAAACGUCAAGUUCAGCCAGGACGACAGCAUCAGGCAAUGGUUCUCCCCGCUCGGCGGCAACUUUAAGAAAUUCAUGGACUCCAUGAAGACCAGGAACGAGGAGGCCCGCGCGGAGCAGGAAGCAGCAGAAACAGAAGCCGAGGAAGAAGAAGCUCAGAACCUGCAAAGGCGUGCAAUCCCAAGCAUGUUCAACAAGGGCAAAAAGACGCAGCCCGAGCCCGCGCCGGAUCAGGAGCCGGAGCCAGAGCCAGAGCAAGAGCCAACCCCGGAACAGCAAGAGGCAGAGGAGGAGCUUGACAAUCUCGAGCUCAACGAGGUCGAGAUCACAAACGAGGAGUUCGACCAGCUGUUCAAGGACUACGCAUCGCGGUACGAGCGAGCCCAGACCUUCCAGGGCCUCCAGGGCCACCUCGACACCAUCCUUCUGCCGGGCAACGUCGCCUACAGCUCCGAGAACAAGCCGUGGAAGCAGGGGCGGCCCGGGCGGCUAGCGAGAAGGAAUGGCGGCAGCGCCGUGGGGGGCGGAUCAUCGGGUACCACCCCCAGCUAUCUGUGGACCCCCGAGUCGGAGAAGAUUGGCGUGAGGCCCGUGAGCUCGAUUAACCCGGAGAUCUUCAAUCGCAUUGCGGCCGAGUAUAGGUUCGGACAGGACCCGACCAGCAUCAACCAUGAGGAGAGCAUCGUCAAGGGUACUGCCGCUGCGGGGAAGGGACAGCAGGCCACAGCGGGGAAGAGCGCCGGGAAGGGAAAGAAGGUUCGUGUGUAA